UUUUAAACAUUACCAAAAACCUAUUAACAGAAUUUCCCACCUGUGAUUCUCUAAACAACUUUAAAUGCUUGUGCUAGAUUACAUUGGGAUUUCUCCCACAAUUUCCUCCAAGCCCUGCCACACAAUGAAACUUGUAUACUAAACAAAGUUAGAAUGUUAAAUGUUAGUCACAACGACUUCACCGGGAUACCGCAACCGAUCGCCAACUCCUCCUCUCUCCUAUACCUGGUAAUGAGUGGCAACAAGAUCUCCACAAUAACGCCCAACGCUUUUAUUGGACUUUCGCGACUCCGGGAACUGGACCUCAGCUUCAACCGUCUUACGGUAUUUCCAGAAAGUAUAAAAAGUCUGUCAAGUUUGAAAAAACUUAAUUUAGCCGGAAAUCGUAUCCUGACGGUCCCCGAUGCUGGUUUCUCCUUGUGGCCAUAUCUGGAUGUGUUUCAGUUUCACGGCAACCCUCUUGUUUGUUCUUGUUCCAUGGCCUGGUUGAGAAACUAUAACCUUACCACAGACCUGGGACGGUGUAGCUAUCCCGCUGGACUUGAGGGUAACUCGGUUACCUGUCUGACAAACCCGUCUUGUGGUGCAAAAGAAAAUAUGUAUUCAUCAAAGGAAAAUAUACAGGCAUGUUUCAGGAAAGGACAAGUGCUUACAAAUCAGAAUACAAACCUUAAAUGGGACCUUUCAGUAGGUAAUGUAAAAACUACAACAAAAUCGCAUGCCAACAUUGAAGUAUUCAGGGAAUGUAAUCUGGUAUCCAAUGUUUCAUUAGUAGGACUGAAUACCUGGACACUUUCAGAUGACAGUGAAGAAAUUGGAGAUUUAGUGUGUCUUACAUUGUCAGAUAAUACCUGGAUAAGUGACAUCAGAGAAUGUGUCGUAUUGGAUCAUGUAGUAACUAAAGAUGAAACCCGAAGUCAAACGCUGCAAUCCGUUUACAUUGGAGUGAUUGUUGCUAUCUCCAUACUUCUGGUAAUUGCUAUAUGUACAGCACUUGUCAUUUUCUUCAUAUGUAAAAGACGCCAAACUGUUCCUAAACAGAGGGGAACUGUCCCAACCAUUUCAGAACAAGAAAAUGUGGUGUAUGAAAACAACGCCGAAGCUGAGACGUCAUACAUCAGGAAUCGGGUCAAUAGAGAUGAAGAUAGACAUUAUUAUGACACUGUCAAGCCCUCAGAUAUAUAUGAAAACGAUGAAACCAAUGCUAUACCAAGUUUCCCACAGUACAACGGGAUUCUUAAUAACCUGAGAUUUUAUGGAGAGUGGAUGAUGAGAACUUUGGACAAAAACUCGUUCACAGACUUACCCUCAGUUAAUCGGCUUAUACUAACGAACAUUGGUUUACAGCACUUGUCAUGUGACGUGUUUAACAACAUCAGUCAGGAGUUGACAAUCAUAAACCUGGACGACAACCAACUGGAUCAUUUUCCUGCUUGUUCGGUCAAUAAUUUGUACCAUCUGAGAGAACUGACCUUAAGUAAGAACUUCAUCACCUGUAUUCCUGGACACAGUGUACCUAGUUUCCUACAACAUCUGGACGUAUCGUUCAACCAAAUAUAUUCAUUGAGUUCUGCCAUGUCGGCAGAUGCCUACAACAAAAACCCACUGAAGACUUUCAACAUCAGAGGAAACAAACUUCCCGGAAUCAACGGGGAUGAACUACAUCUGUUUUCAAAUUUAGAAAAUCUUGACGUGAGUGAGAAUCGACUCAAAUACAUCCAUCCAAAGUCGUUUGUAACCGCCGAUGUUCAUCUCCUUGUCAUCAAUCUGUCCCAAAACCAACUGACCGGCGACGUUUGGCUCUCUUUGGAACAUUUACAUCAAGUAAGACAUCUCAACUUGUCUCACAACCAGAUAGAUCAUGUCAGUGAUAACGUGGUGGCCAGCAUGGGAAAUCUAGAGACAUUUGAUAUUUCGUAUAACAUGGUUUCUGAAAUAGGACCAGCAUUUGUUCACCAACAGACUGUAAAGACCUUGUCAUUUCACCAUAACUUGAUCACUAAAGUUUCCGAGACCAUGUUUGCUGCUGGAACAGGGUUUAUGCACUCGUUUGACCUUGACUUGUCCUUCAAUCUUCUGGUGAGUUUAGAUCUGACCAUUCACGAUUGCUUGUAUUGUACAUUUUCCAUUCAUCACAAUAAACUCAAUGCAAUGCGCCUCUCUUCAAACCAGAACAGCACCUUUAGUUUGAUUGACAUCUCUUUCAAUGUACUAGACGCCAUACCUUCACAUCUGCCACCGUGGAUUAACUUUAACGGAUCUCAUAACCCGUUCUCUACAGCGAGUGUGAUGGACUUCCUGACUGAUUUACCCAACCUAGCUAUACGUGAUGUCAUCUUGAAAAACACAACAUUUAUGUGCGAACAAACGACUAUUUCAGACAUUUGGUUUUUCUCUAAAAUCAUUCUUAAUUUAGCAGAUAAUUGCGUUUCAUCUGAAUUCCUAUGUCAUCUGAGGUCAAAUGUGUCAAAUCCAUACAGAGGCGGAGUCAGUAUUUACCUGGACAGAAAUGGAAUAGAGGUAUUACAAGAAUGUUCAUUCAAUGUAACUGUGUCGAUGCUGUCUUUAAAGGGCAACCGCUUGAGUUUUAUGAACGAAUCAUUCAUAUCAGAGGAAAUGCCAUAUCUAGAAUAUUUAGAUUUAGCUGAAAAUAAUAUUGGGUUAUUUAAUGUUGUCGAAACUCUAGCUAGAAAUAGUGAGUUGUCACACUUGAACACAUCUUUAAAUAAUCAAUCGGAACUCCCUUUAUUACGGUAUACCUUUAAGUCAACUUUAGCAAUUUUUGAUUUUUCCUGGAGUAAUAUUUCUAGGGCAUAUGGUUUUGCGUUUAGUUUCGAUUAUGUAUUCUAUUACAGUCGAUCAGGAGAAGUCAUUGUGGACAUUAGCAACAAUAACUUAAAACAGAACAUUCAUGUAAAAUUUGAAAUCGAGAUUUUAAUGCCCACAUUUUAUCUAAUUUCAUCAGACAAUCACAUAGAGUCGAUUGAAGAUGUUAUUGAGUUUGGUGGCACAACAAUUCCAGACGCAACGUUGGUUUUUGACUUUAGCAGAAACAACAUAAAACGCAUUUCAAAUUUCUUACACUUUGACCCAAAUACCCAUUUCUCAUAUACCAGGAUAGUUUUAAACAUUACCAAAAACCUAUUAACAGAAUUCCCCACCUGUGAUUCUCUAAAACACUUUAAAUGUUGUGUUAGAUUAGAUUGGGAUUUCUCCCACAAUUUCCUCCAAGCCCUGCCACACAAUGAAACUUGUAUACUAAACAAAGUUAGAAUGUUAAAUGUUAGUCACAACGACUUAACCGAGAUACUGAAACCGAUCGCCAACUCCUCCUCUCUACUAUACCUAGUUAUGAGUGGCAACAAGAUCUCCACAAUAACGCCCAGCGCUUUUAUUGGACUUUCGCACCUCUGGGAACUGGACCUCAGCUUCAACCGUCUUUCACUGUUUCCAGAAAGUAUAAAAAGUCUGUCAAGUUUAAAAAAACUUAAUUUAGCCGGCAAUGGUAUCAUGACGGUCCCAGAUGCUGGUUUCUCCUUGUGGCCAUUUCUGACUGUGUUUCAGUUUCACGGCAACCCUCUUGUUUGUUCUUGUUCCAUGGCCUGGCUGAGAAACUAUAACCUUACCACAGACCUGGGACGGUGUAGCUAUCCCGCUGAACUCGAGGGUAACUCGGUUACCUGUCUGACAAACUCAUCUUGUGGUGCAAAUGAAAAUAUGUAUUCAUCAAAGGAAAAUAUACAGGCAUGUUUCAGGAAAGGACUAGUGCUUACAAAACAGAAUGAAAACCUUAAAUGGGACCUUUCAGUAGGUAAUGUAAAAACUACUUCAAAAUCGUAUUCCCACAUUGAAGUAUUCAGGGAAUGUAAUCUGGUAUCCAAUGUUUCAUUAGUAGGACUGAAUACCUGGUCACUUUCAGAUGACAGUGAGGAAACUGGAGAUUUAGUGUGUCUGACAUUGUCAGAUAACACCUGGAUAAGUGACAUCAGAGAAUGUGUCGUAUUGGAUGGUGUAGUAACCAAAGAUGAAAACCGUUGUGAAAUGCUGCAUUCCGUUUACAUUGGGGUGAUUGUUGCUCUCUCCAUACUUCUGGCCAUUGCUAUAUGUACAGCACUUGUCAUUUACUUUAGAUGUAAAGGGCGUCAAAAUAUUGUCUAUAUCCGGAAAUAGUACCCAACAAAUCAGAACAGUAAAAUGCGGUGUAUUGAAAACAACGCUUAAGGUUAGAUUUCAUACAUCAGGACUCCUGUUGCUAGAAAUGAAAAUAAACAUUACUAAGACACCAUUCAGCCCAAAGUUCAGAUUAGUUCAAAUUCUCAGGCAUCAACGCAAAUUUGCGUUAUCGUCAGGCUCCUAGCUCAAAUUCUAGGAACACCUAAUCAUUUUAUUCAGACAUCAUAUAAAAAUCGAAAGCACCCUGUCCCCCCACAAUACUUACAAAAACAUGAUCUUUCUGACAUUUACCAUAACAAGCUGAAACUAUCUGACAAAUUAUUAGACACUAUCACACAUGUACAUAACUCAAACCUAAACAAUUACGAGAAGUCAAAGCAUAUAAAGAGAUGUGCUGUUAAAUGAAUCCUGUUAAUAUCACAAGCAAACCCUCACCAAAACCAGUCAAAAACGAAUGGUAAAUAUCUGAUACCGAAAUUUAAACUCUCAUUAAAUAACAGAUACUUAAAUGAGUUUCUGAAGAUAUACACCCAGAUACGAUAGUUGAAAUACUAUCUUUGUUAAUAUCAAAUCAUGUCAUUUUCAGCGUAUCAUUAUAUCAAAGAAUCUGUUCAUGACAGCAGUGCACAUGGGUUUCUUCAUAUAUAGAG